GCAGAGAAAUUGUAGGUGGAGUUGUAAUACGUACACGCUGUAUAUACGGAUGAUAUAUUUAUCGAAUGGUAUCUGAGCAACGGUGACCGUUUCAGUUUGUUCCGUUGGCUGCACAUCGAGACGCGAUCCCUCGUUCAGUAAGCAUCCAGCAUCUCUCUGCGUACCAUGUGCUGCUUCCUCUUGCUCGUUUAUCUCUUCUUAUCGGUCACCGCUCGAGACGUCAGCGCGGAGGAAGCGGACUGCCAAGUUUAUAAUCAUCUUUACGUUUGCCUGGGCAACAGCGUGCUGCACAGCGUCGCGUUCGAGGAUGUGAACGCGGUGCAAACGAUCGAGGAUAUAGAGCUUCAUCUCGAGGGCCUCGGGAUCCAGGAUAUCGCCAAGGACGCUUUCCUCGAAGUGGCCAACUCGUCCGCCCUCUACAUUCGCGACAAUCAAUUGUCCAAGAUUUUUAAACACUACUUCGCCGAUUUGGACCAAUUGACGUAUCUCGAUUUGAAGAACAACAGCAUAAGGGACAUAGAGGAUGGCUCGUUCGCCAAUUUGGACAGUUUGGAGACGCUGAUAUUGGAUUACAAUAACAUGAUCGCUUUCCGCCCCGGUAUGUGGAAAGGUCUGGUGGAUCUCCACGAAUUGUACGCAACGAAUAAUAAAAUCGCGUUGAGGAGGAACAUGUUCAAAGGUCUGAGACACUUGGAGACUUUGGCGUUGGAUUGUAACGAGAUCAACGAGAUACCGAUCGGCGCGUUCAACGGGCUGCCCCAUAUCGAUCUUCUUUAUCUGUCGAGAAAUAAAAUCUCGUCCCUGCAAUUGGAGGUGUUUCGCGGAUUAAGCGAGAUCAACGAAUUGGAUCUGGGGCGAAAUUCGUUGAGAAGCGUGUCCGGUGGAAUAUUUCGUUAUCUCAGGAAUCUAAAUUCAUUGUGGCUGAACGGGAAUCAGAUCGUCAUGAUUAAGGCGGACACUUUCGAGGGGCUGGACAAUCUGUUGCUCCUGUUCUUGAACAGCAACAACCUCCGUUUCGUGGACAUGUCCGCUUUCGCCAGGAUGAAGAAUGUUACCGUCGAUCCCGGCUUCAAGAUAGCCGGGAGGACGAUGGACAAUGUUUCAAACGUGCAAGGACGAUUCCGUUGUAACAACGUCGCGUAUCAGUUGCCGUACGAGUGCACGGAGAUUGGACCUCAGGUUCAUUGAUGCAUAAAUUACCUGGAGAGUGUUCAAGGGAUAUCGACAGGACGAAACUCCCCUACCCCAUCCUUGUUACAGAAGCACGGCGAUGGAUUACGGAUGGUACGCGCCGACGAUUCACACCGUGCCAACCUCUUAUUACCCCCGAGAUAAUUCUUUCA